GGUAAUGAACGAACAACAUGGAACCUCUUGUGUCUAUGUUUGUUUCUGUGGGAGAUAUUUGUGUGUUAGACGAACGCAGUGGACAAUUAAAUAUGGCUGCAGUUGUUCUUACUAAAGCUUGUGAUAGCAAUCCCGCCACUCCAGGAACCCAGCCUAUACAGGUUGAAAAUGAAGAAAACUCCAAUGAUGGAAGCCAGGCACCCAAGCGUCGACGGAUGGGGUCAGGGGAUAGCUCUAGAAGCUGUGACACUUCCAGCCAAGACCAAAGCUCUACAUACUUCCCAGCAGAAAAUCUAAUAGAAUACAAAUGGCCAGCUGAUGACACUGGAGAGUAUUACAUGCUACAGGAACAAGUCAGUGAAUAUCUGGGAGUGACAUCAUUUAAACGCAAAUAUCCAGAUUUGGAAAGAAGAGAUCUGUCCCAUAAAGAGAAACUAUACCUUCGAGAACUGAAUGUCAUUACAGAAACACAGUGUACAUUGGGACUAACUGCUGUGCGAAGUGAUGAAGUAAUUGACCUCAUGAUCAAAGAGUACCCGGCUAAACAUGGUGAAUAUUCAGUUAUUCUACAAGAAAGAGAGCGACAGAGAAUCACAAAAGAGUACUCUCAAAUGCAACAGCAAAACCCACAGAAAGUUGAACCCAGUAAAGUUCCAGAAUAUAUUAAAAAAGCUGCAAAGAAAGCUGCAGAGUUCAACAGUAAUUUUAACAGGGAGCGGAUGGAAGAAAGAAGAGCUUAUUUUGAUCUCCAGACACAUGUUAUCCAGGUGCCACAAGGAAAAUACAAAGUUCUCACUCCAGAAAGAACAAAAGCUGGACCAUACCCAGUAGCCCUUAUUCCUGGCCAGUUUCAGGAGUAUUAUAAAAGGUACUCUCCCAACGAGUUACGCUACUUACCUUUAAACACAGCGCUGUAUGAACCUCCGUUGGACCCAGAGCUACCUGCACUGGACAGUGAUGGAGACUCUGAUGAUGCAGAAUAUGAACGUGGUGAUGAAAAUAGAAAACACAAAGCAUCGGACAGCUCUUCUGGCAACACCUCUGAUGGAGACAGCCACCCAGAAAUCCAAGAAGGUACCAUACAAGGAAAGCUGAAGCCAAGAACAGCUAAAGACGGUUCCAAGCGUUCCUUUCCUCCAAAAUCAGUUCCCGGGUACAAGCCUAAGGUCAUUCCAAAUGCUCUUUGUGGAAUUUGUCUGAAGGGUAAGGAGUCCAACAAGACAGGAAAGACUGAAGCUCUCAUUCACUGCUCUCAGUGCAGGAACAGCGGUCACCCAUCAUGCUUGGAUAUGACUGUCGAGCUCGUAGCUGUUACUAAGUCUUACCCCUGGCAGUGCAUGGAGUGUAAGACAUGCAUGAUUUGUCAGCAGCCCCAUCAUGAAGAGGAGAUGAUGUUCUGUGAUGAAUGUGACCGUGGAUAUCAUACCUUUUGUGUGGGACUGAAUGUUAUUCCUACAGGCAAGUGGACUUGUGGAUGCUGUGUUAAUGAUCCAUCUACACGGAGGAAAGGAAUAAGGCAUAAAGAAUGAUGAAGUACCAGUGGUGCAUCGAAUGUCUUAUUGAGGCUGUUAACAAUCUGAGUCCUGAUAUUUUAACUACAGUAUGAUUGUUUGUUCAAUGAUACACAUUGUCUGUACUGUCUGAAGUCUUGCUGACAUUUUGUAUGCAUUUUUCUGAAGUUUGUAAAGAAAU